AUGGGAAGCUCUAGUUACCCUGAAAUUAACAUCCUUCUUGUUGAUGAUGAUCCAAUUACUCUAUCAAUUCUUGCAGGAGUUCUUCAAAAGAUGUAUCAUCAUGUUGUUGCUAUGAAAAAUCCAUUGGAUGCUUUGUAUACACUAAGAAUGAAAAAACAAUCAUUUGAUCUGAUUUUGACGGAUGUACACAUGCCUGAAAUGAAUGGCCUUGAUCUCCUUAAACAUGUUGACCGAGACUUCAAAAUUCCUGUAGUCUUAAUGUCAGCAGACCAAGACAAAGGCAUAAUGCUAAAAGGAUUAGAAUUAGGGGCAGUUUUCUAUCUCAUAAAGCCAUUAUCAGCAUAUGAUCUAUCGAGGCUAUGGCAAUAUGCUAUUACAGCAAAAGAAAGUACUAACAAAACUAACACUGAAGAAGUACUUCCUUCAUUUGGUAUGUCUCCUGUGAUUACAAAUGAAAUGAUGCAUUUCAACAACCCUAAUAACAAUGGCAACAUGAUCAAUAAUGAAUUUGAACCGUCUUCGUCGAAUGCCCAAUUGAAGAAAAAUAGAGCAAAAAAUAAUAAGGGGAAGAGAUUGAAAAGGGUUAAUGGUGGUGGAAUAAGGAAGAAGAGUUGUCCUAAAAAACCUAAGUUGGUUUGGACUACUUCUCUUCAUAACAUAUUCUUAGAGGCCGUUCAUACAAUUGGCCUAGAGAAAGCUGUACCGAAAAAGAUUUUAGAGCUCAUGAAUGUUCCGGGAUUAAGACGUGAAAAUGUCGCAAGUCAUUUGCAGAAAUAUCGUAUAUUCUUGAAGAAGAUUGCAGAAGCAACGGGAUCCAUGCAAUAUGGCAUUCCAAGUAAUUGGAAUGAAAGACCAUUUAGAUCAAGCUUUGUAUUGAAUGAAAUCACAUUCCUUACCAACACUCUUCAACAACAAUAUCUAGAACUCCUAACACAAUCUCAAGGUAAAUUAAAUGGUGGUACAUUUUUCGAAAAGGGAGAACGUAGCUCAUCACAAGGGUUGAACUCAUUUGGAGAUCAUAUUAAACCUAAUGAUCACAUGCAACUCUACCCUAAUCAAGGAUCUCAAAUCCCUAAUCAAAAUGUUUCAAUUCUUGACAAAUUACCAAGCUUUAGAGGUAUUGAUCAACAAGGAUUGUUUUCAAAGGGGUUAUUAAACUUUGAUAAAGGACAAAGUUCUCAAGAUGUUAAGAGUUCAAGUAACCCUAGAUCAAUUGGAAACCUUCAAUCAAUUACUAACAACUAUGUCGGGCUUCGAAUUAGUACUAAUGGAGAGUUGAUUAGCCCUUUUAUUAAAAACUUAUCAAUUAUUAAUGGUAACAGUAAUGGUAAUAAUCCCGCGAAAGACAUAUAUGUUACCAAUCAUAUUGAGAAAACUUAUGAAAUGAAUUUUGGUCAUAAUAACAACUCAAUACAAAUUAGUAAUACAACUCUUAUUGAUCAAUUUCAUGGGCUAGAUGAUGCAAAUGUUGACAUGCCUAAUUUUGAUAACAAUGCUUCACAACAAGAAAACUCUUUUGGUAUGUCACAAAACAUGUCAAGCAUGCAAGGAUUUACGGAUGAAUUAAGACAACUUUGGAUAGACCUUCAUUUGGACAAGGAAUCUCAUGGCAAUGAUUUAGGGUUUGGUGAUGCACAAUCUAAUGCUGAAUGUAAUUUGUUUGAUGGACUUGAUCAGGGAAUUAUUGGCAGUGACGAUGGCAUCUCAUUUGAAUGGUUUUAUGAUCAAGAAGAUCAGUUUAAUAAUCAGCAGGCAAGGAUAAUGAUAUGGUUGGUUUCACAAACCCUAGCUAACUGA